GAGGUCGGACCAACUCAAUCCAGCGCGCCUUUAGCCUCGCCGCGGAGAGAGGCUCGCCUGUCGUCUUCGAGCCGGCCGUGGGUAUGGUCUUCUCGUCAGAGCAAGAGGCGCACGAGUUUUACAACGCCUAUUCUUGAAAAGUUGGGUUCGGGAUCAAGCGGGGAAACAAGUAUACCACGAAGCCCGCAUGCUACAAAACAAUGCAGGAAUUCCUCUGCUCGUGCGAGGGAUCCAACAAGGAGGAGAACACAAAAUCUGCUAGGACAAAAUGCAAGGCUAUGGCCAGGCUAAAGAGGACUGCAGAUGAUGGAUGGUACUUCUCCACAGUCGUCCUGACCCAUAACCACGAGCUUGCAGACACUGCCAGAGAGAAGAAGGUGUGGAAGUGCCACAAUACCAUUGACUCGUCCAUCAAAGAACUGAUCAAGCAUAUGCGGUCUAACAACAUCCCUGUGAACAAGGUUUAUGGCGUGAUGUCCGAUAUACACGGGCGUCACGAAGAGGUUCCCUUCGGCAAGCGUUGUCUGAAGAAUCUAUGCGCAACCCUCGCACAUGAUUCAAGCCUCGACGACAUCACGAAGACGCUCGAUAUAUUCAGUAAGAUGCAAGCGCAAAACCCUGAUUUUUUUUACGCGGUGAAGGUCGACUCAGAGAGGCGUGUGCAUGGCAUUCUUUGGUGUCACUCGAAGAGCCGAGCUGACUAUCAUCUGUUUGGUGACGUGCUGACCUUCGACACCACUUAUAAGAGUAAUCUGUAUGAGAUGCCUGUGGGUCUUUUCGUUGGAGUGAACAAUCACUACCAAUCUGCGCUGUUCGGGUGUGUUAUUCUCAGAGAAGAAACAGAAGACUCAUUCAAGUGGGCAUUUUCUACCUUUGUUGAAGCCAACGGCGGAAAGACGCCGCAGAUGAUACUCACAGGUACCAGGCAACUUGGUGUCAUGUUUGUCUGUAUAUAA